CAAGAAGCGACCCGCUUCUUUCUUCACCACUCCACUUUACCCGACUACUUUAAAUUUGACCAUGGCGACAAUUCUGCUCGACGCAUACGACUCGUUCACGUUUAACCUGUACCAGUACCUCAGCAAGGCCGGUGCCUCGGUGCAGGUGUACCGCAACGACAAAAUCACGCUGCAGGAGAUCAUUGCGCUGAACCCGCGCAACAUCGUGCUCUCCCCUGGCCCUGGGCACCCGCGCGAAGACCCGGGCGUCUGUUACGAGGUGCUCGAGCACUUCCAGGGCAAGAUCCCCAUCCUGGGUGUCUGCCUCGGCCAGCAGAUGAUGUAUGAGCACUACGGCGGAACCGUGGCCUAUGCCGGCGAGAUCCAGCACGGUAAGACCGGACUGGUGACUCACGAUGGCCAGGGCCUGUACAAGAGCGUGGAUCAGAUGUUCCCGGUGACACGCUACCACUCGCUGGCAGGCGACCCGGCGACAUUGCCCGAGUGCCUGGAGGUGACGAGCUGGACCCCGAACGGAAUCAUCAUGGGCGUGCGGCACAAGAAAUAUGCGAUCGAGGGGGUUCAGUACCACCCCGAGAGCAUUCUGAGCGAGAACGGCCUGAAGAUGUUUGCUAACUUCCUCAAGCUCACCGGCGGCACCUGGGACGACAACCCGGGCAUGCGGGACCCUGAGGACAUGGCGCACGUGUAUGUCGGCCACACAACGAUCCAGGAGCCGCAGCCAAAGCAGGAUAUCCUGAACAAGAUUUUCUCCAAGCGUCAGGAGGACGUGGCCGCGCAGAAGGCCAUGCCUGGCCGCUCGCUUAGCGACCUCCAGGACCUGCUCUCUCUGGGCAUUGCCCCUGCGCCGGUAGAUUUUGUGGCCCGCUUGAAAUCCUCGGGCAUGGCGGUGCUGGCUGAGGUCAAGCGCGCGUCUCCCAGCAAGGGUGAUAUUGCGGUGAAUGCUGUGGCGGCAUCGCAGGCGCUUGAGUAUGCCCAGGCCGGCGCUGCUGCGAUCUCUGUCCUCACCGAGCCCCACUGGUUCAAGGGCUCCAUCGACGACCUGCGCGAUGUGCGUCUCGCCAUCGCUGCUCUUGAGAAUCGCCCGGCAGUGCUCCGCAAGGAGUUCAUCUUCGACCGGUACCAGAUUGCUGAGGCGCGACUGGCGGGCGCCGACAGCGUCCUGCUCAUUGUCAAGAUGCUCAGCAAGACCCAGUUAAAGAACCUGCUGGCCUACUCGAGGGAGCUCGGCAUGGAGCCGCUGGUUGAGGUCAACAAUGCCGAGGAGAUGGAGGUGGCUAGCGAGGUCGGCGCCAAGGUCGUCGGCGUCAACAACCGCAAUCUGCGCACAUUCGACGUCGACAUUGGCAACACGAAGCAGCUGGCGGACAAGGUUGCCGAGGGCACGGUUCUGAUUGCCCUGAGCGGCAUCACGACUCCAGAGGACGCAAAGAUCUACGCCAACACGGGUGUCAGCGCUGUGCUGGUGGGCGAGGCCCUGAUGCGCACGGACGACAAGAAAGCAUUUAUUUCUGGGCUACAGCAAAUUUGAAAUACAAACCCGUCUA